UUUAGAAUAGCGUCGUCCAUGUUGUGGACGUCUCACUGUUUGUGCUUGCCGGUGUGCGUCGUUAGCAUGCUAUAUGAUAACCGAUCUCACUGAGGAUUUAUUAUUAAAAAUGGACACCGAGCUCCUACCCUUUACAGGAGGUUUAAUGGAAAUCAAGCAGGAGAUCGACCGAAGUUUCCUCGCGGACAACAUGUUUUCUCAAGAGGACUACAACUAUAUUUUCAAAGAUAUGAGUGAUGAUGAUGUUUAUGAUCACAUUCUCCAUUCCUCUACACCAGAAUUCAGUGGUUCACAGGGUGACAAAGCCUUCAGCUUUAAUGAAUUUAACCUCUCCUCAACUGACGUAAAAAUGGAGCCUUGCUCCCGGGAGUCUCCAUGCAGCUAUCCUGACCCAGACACAUUUCUUAAUAAUGUUCAUGCAUCUGAUCCAAUCUUAGCACCAGGCCCAACCUCAGUGCCUGACACACCUCCUGACACCCCACCUACGCAGAGUGGCUCUAGCACUCCUCCGCAUCUGCUGGAUUGCCCAGGGUACUUUGUAGCUGUCUCAGCUGCUUCCAUUGCAUCAAAGCCAAGCUCAGCACAGUUUCCUGUGACAUCACCAAAUGUGGCACCUUCUGUGGUAACAGUAUCAUCGCCUCCAAGGUCAGCAGGGGAAAGAGCACAACAGACACUGAUGCUGACUCGGGAGGAGUUUAACCAGCUGACAGCACAAGGCGUGCUCACCAUUAAGACACCAUCAACAGGCAGUAGCAGUGUCAAGACAACAGCUGUGGCGCCCAAGAUUGUAACCCCGCAGCCAUUACCAAAAGUGGCUAAGGUGACUAUUCCUUCCCUCAACACUGUGGUUCCUGCAGCCAGCAUCAGUAGUGUUACGCCUGCGGCUUUGCCCAUUGUCAAGACUGAACCUGUCGCAGUCUCCAAUCCCACUGUCAUCUUUGGACCUUCACCCACACUGUUGCAACAGCUUAGUGAUAGCAAAGCACUAAAAAGGCAACAGAGGAUGAUCAAAAACAGGGAAUCUGCCUGCCUAUCACGAAAAAAGAGGAAAGAGUAUCUCCAGAAGCUGGAGCUUGAUGUGCGGGAGUUGGCCAGUGACAAUGCCAGGUUGAGAGAUGAAAACAAUCACCUUCGUCACAGAGUAGCCCAGCUAGAAUUGGAGGCAAAAAGAAGGCUGCCAUCCUCCAAUAUUAAAAAAACAACUGCUCUCAUGGCUGUCAUGUUUAUGCUGACAUUCAAUCUUGCUCCACUCAGUGGCCUGUUUCGCAGCUCAGUGCGAAGCGGUAGUGAUCCGCCAGUGCUUCCAGCAGCCCAGAACACACGGUGGGGGCGCCACCUUCUCUGGUCUCAGUCUGACCUGCCUGUCGAGAGCACCAACUUUGUCCCAGAGCUGCAGCCACCAAUGUCCGAUACUGGGGAGCUUCCUGCGAGCAAUGGUGGUGACCAGUCGGCAGAAUUUUUGGGUGCCCUGGAUGCUCACAGCACUGCACACAAUGGGUCCUUCAAGUGUCCAUCCUCCAUCAACCAGACUGAGUCCCUCAGACUGCAGAGCCAGCUGCGUGGCUGGGCUAACCAUGUGGAGCACAUGAACCUACGACUGACAGAGCAACGCAAGAAGCCCUCUCUACCACAGCAGCCACUGGUCCGAAAGCCUCGCCUGCAGACCUGGAUUAGUACUCGGUAUGGUGGCAGUGGAGUCUACGCUGAGAAGUGGGAGGCCAACAGAGGUGAAGACUACUUCCAGCUUUACCAGGCAUUGCGGAGAAGUUAUGAAGAACUCUACGAGGCAAUCCAGAGGAAAGAUGACACAUUCUACUUCGUCUCAUUCUCUGGGGACUAUCUUCUCCUAUCAGCAAAUUCUGAAAAUAGGACCAGAAUGCCAAGAAUGUCACUUGUCAUGCCUGCAGGAACAUUCAAUGAAUCUACACACAUGAUAAAGGAACAUGUGCCGAUGGUGCAAAUAGACUGUGAAGUUAUGAGUACCAAGAUCAUGUAUGUCAAAGAAUCGGUCAUUCCACCCCACUUGAGGCAACAGCAUCCCCGCAAUGCUACUCAGCCAAAGGCCACUGGAACUAAUGUAAAUGUUGCUGCAGUACAGACGAACGUGACAAGGCAAGAACCAAGUUCCUACGGACGAAACAUGUCCAACCACUCAAGACACCAGCGUUUGCCACUAAGAAACCAUACUCGGCGAAAUGGCUAGUAGUACCAUCCAACUGUCAUGUGAAGUGGCAUUUGGCACCUUAACUUAUUUGCGCGGCUGACCGAAUGCAAUUGUACCAGCCAAGACUCUACAACCUUUCUCUCUUAGUGCUUGCACAAAGACUCUGUGCGUCCUUACCUUUCUGUUUGGGCAACAACAUUGAGAAAAAAGGAAUUGUGUGUUCACACAAUGUGUGCGUGACUCAAAAUAUGGGCUGACUAGCAGUGAGGUAGUGAAUUGGAGUACUGCGAUUUGUGACUUUAAUAGUGUUGACAGUUGCAUGCCUUGCGUAGCUUGCCUAUGGGGUUUCUGCUUUUUUUCUUUUUUGCUUGUUUGUAUUAAGUGAAAAAGCAUUGAUUGCUGUGGUUUGUUCUGUGUAGCUUUUAUUAUUUUUAUGAAUUGGCUCUCACAUUUAAAUUUGCAGCACACUGAAAUCCUUGCCAUAGGUAACCAGUUGCAGUGGUUGCAGUUCUUUAUUGGUAUUGGCUGGCUGGCAUGCCGUAGCACUUGCGUACAGGGCUAUGUUAAUAAUGAUUGCCAUUUCUUUCUUUCAAUGAACCCUCUUGCUUUCUUCAAAAGCAUGUCUAUAUCAAAGGCUUAACACAACACAGAACUUUGCUGCAUGAACCCACUUACAGCUUACAUUACUGGCUGCAGUGCGUGAGUUAAACACACUGCAGUUGAAUAUAAUUUUAUGUGGAAGGGGAAAUAAUCACACUUAUGCUAAGUCUGCAUGUCAAUUUUUUCAUGGAAUUUGUUGACAUGCAAACUUUGCCUAACCUGCUGCGAUCACCAUUUUGCAGAGCAGGCUGGUCGGUUUUUGCAAUUUAUAUUUCCGUACCUAUUUGAUAGCUUGUUUUGUUUACAUUAAUAUAUGAUGGAGGCCUUGCCUUUGCCCAAAACUUUGACCAGGCCAUAUACAGCAUGAAAAACUGUACUUGCUAAGCAAGGGUGAGGUGCAGUUUCAUUGCAGUUAAACGUAAUUGAAUAUAUGAAACCUGAUUCUCAUUUUAUAGGUGUAUGUGUGAAGUAAUAGUCAGUUUCUGGUAUUUGAUGAUGUUCUACUAUUCCUGUUUAUAAAGCAGGCAAAUGAAAGCUGGCGCUACAAGCUAAGAAGUAAUUCGUUGAGUUGUCUUUGUACAGGCAAACAACUAGCUAUGUACAAAGGAGUGGACUAUAGUUUAAUGCGAUAAAACCAGUUUCUAGCUCUAAAAGUAUGAAAUUUGGUUGUAUUGCCAUCAUGCAGCAUUGUUAUGCAUAUUUCCUAAAUGCAAAUGAUGUGAUUUAUUGUCUAUGUUGUGUGUAAACAAUGCAUACUUUGAGAACACAUUCCAGGAUGACUGUCUCCUUUGUUGAAGGGUUGUUCUUCUGCAGAAAUAUGUAUAAUUUCAAAGCCUUGCCAGCCAGUGAUUUCAGUUUGUUGUGCCUGGGAACACAAAUACUUUGAGUACAUGUAACAAUCUGUGAAUUUCCGGGUUACAUUACUCAUCGGUUGCCGAUUGCUACAACUGCUGCUUAGUUUCUUGUCAUUGUUCUUCAUGCAGUGUUAAUCCCUGGUGGCAACACUGAUGCUUUCCAAGAAGGCAGAAAUCUCGAAAAACGGAUUAUGUACAUAUGUAGAUAUUUGCACUUCCACUGUCAUUUGAGGUGGUUCUUUUCCCCCGGUUUGGUGUAAUAAGUUGCCUUAGAGGCUGUAAACUCAUUAUUUCCUCGCUCAAUUCAUAUGCAUGCUACAGAAUUUGAUAACAUUGUAGAAUGAUUUUCACCAUAGAGACCAAGACUGUGUUUACAUGUGGCAUUAUCACACUGUACUUUGGUCAAUUUAUUGUGUUUUUAAAAAAUAUAUAUAUAUAUAGAUAGAUACACAUAUGCACACAGUUAUAUAUGUAUACAUCAAAGUGCUCAUAUACAAAAUGUUCUUUGCUGUUACUUGAAUAAUAUUUGUGAGGUUUCUACGCAACCAAGAAAGAGUAGCAAAAAAAUUGAAAUGCAGUCAUCGUGUUUGCUAAAUCCUGGCUUCUGUGAAGCUUGAAAUAUUCACCAUAAUUUAAUAAUAGUAGCUAUAGGAAAAUUUAUUACGAGUGAGGCUGUGGCAGUGUGCUGAAUUUAUCAUACAUUUGUGUGUGUGUUUGGCAAAUGUGUUUGUGUUCAUUUGGUGGGUUUCGUUGUGGCUUAGGUAGCACAUGAAGGGCAUAUUCAUUUGCAGUUAUGUAAUGCAUGUGCAGGCAUUGUUACUGUGUUUUAAGACCUUGUUGCCUUGCAUUUAUCCUACUGCACCUUGACUGUAAAACAAAAAUAGUGUGGUUCAUGUCACUGUUAAUGGAAACAUUAUAUGAGUGCAAGCACAGUUUUUCAUAUAAGAUUCAUAAAAAGAAAGAAAAGUAUGAUUUGAUUGUAGCGCAGUUAUUGUGAAUUCUUGUAUAGAGCUAGCUUGCCCAAGUUAGCAUGUAAUUCAUGUGCAAAAACAUUAGUUCAUUUAUCAAAGGCUCAUUUCAUAAAAUUAUUGUGUUCUGCACAUGCUUUAAAGCUGUGUGUCACAGGUUAAAAUGACAACAGUGUGUACGCUGUGUAUUCUUCGUUUAAUCCCUGAUAUGAUUGCAGCCUACAUUUAGUGCUGUGACUGGGGUAUAUCUACACUCGUCCUGAGACUCCUGUGCUUUGAGAUUGCGCUAAAUGUGAAAUGUGAACUUGACAUUUGCUUUUUUGCUUUUGCUGUUCAUAUUUUGCCAUACUCUGCCAUGUAUGUACUUCAGUUGCACUGUGGUAUUUAUUCUUUGGCACUUGUUUUAUUUUGUGUGCGCAUGCAUGUGCAAUGAUAUUUCCUAGUCCUGUGUUGUAUGAAACACACAAAAUAAAGUUGUAUACCUUAGUACACAAA